CCCUCCAUCCUCCCUCUCCCUCUCCCUCUCCGCGCUGCCUGUGUGCGCGCAUCUCCCUCCUCCGGCCGCCCACCACCACCCCUCGCCCUGCAGGCGCAGCGCUGCCCGGAGAAGCCUCCGAUCCUCCGCCGCCUCCCGGCCCUGCCCGGCCGCCCCGAGUCCCUCCUCGGCACCAUGUCCGGCUCCGGCAGGAAAGACUUCGACGUGAAGCACAUCCUGCGCCUCCGCUGGAAACUGUUCAGCCACCCCUCGCCGGCGGGCGGCCCGGCGGGGGGCGGCUGCCUGCCGCCCGACAGCAGCUUCGAGCACUGGGGGCCGAGCCAGAGCCGCCUGCUGAAGAGCCAGGAGAGGGGCAGCAGCGCCUUCUGGAAGAAAUCCCCCUUCUCAGCCUCCUACACCGCCGCCGGGCCGCCCAACGGGACGCCGCGGCCGGGCGGGGGGCACGGGCCGGGGCCGGGUCCUCCUCCGCCGCCGCCCCGCACCGUCUUCUACGUGGAGUCCCUGGAGGAGGAAGAGGAGGAGGAGGCGGAGGCGGCGCCCGGCGGGAUGGAGGUCGCCCGGGAGCCCGAGAAGCCCCCGGCGCCGGCGGAGCGGGAGGAGGCGCCGGGGGGAUGCGCGGAUGGCGGCAGCCGGGCAACAGGUGACGGAGGAGGGCGCAGACUGUCAGCAGCCAGCCAUCCCCUGUCACCUCACUGUGACAUGGAUUCGAGUAGUUCUGAGGAAUUCUACCAGGCUGUUCACCAUGCUGAGCAAACCUUCAGAAAGAUGGAGAGCUACCUGAAGCAACAGCAGCUCUGUGACGUUAUUCUGAUUGCUGGGAAUCGCAAGAUACCUGCACACAGACUUGUCCUCAGUUCUGUCUCUGACUACUUUGCUGCCAUGUUCACAAGCGAUGUUUGUGAAGCCAAGCAAGAAGAGAUCAAAAUGGAAGGCAUAGACCCCAAUGCACUGUGGGAUCUUGUUCAGUUUGCAUAUACAGGCUGCCUGGAGCUGAAAGAGGACACUAUUGAAAAUCUUCUGGCAGCUGCCUGCAUCCUCCAGCUCCCCCAAGUAGUAGAGGUUUGCUGCCAUUUUCUAAUGAAGCUUUUGCACCCAUCCAACUGUUUGGGAAUACGAGCAUUUGCUGAUGCACAAGGAUGCACAGAGCUAAUGAAGGUGGCUCACAACUACACAAUGGAGAAUAUAAUGGAAGUUAUAAGAAAUCAAGAAUUUUUACUUCUACCAGCUAAAGAACUCCAUAAACUUCUUGCUAGCGAUGAUGUGAAUGUUCCUGAUGAAGAGACCAUUUUCCAUGCCUUAAUGAUGUGGGUGAAGUAUGAUAUGCAGAGGCGAUGCAGUGACCUAAGUAUGCUGCUUGCUUAUGUAAGAUUACCACUGCUUCCACCUCAGAUACUGGCUGACCUUGAAAACCACGCACUUUUUAAGGAUGACCUAGAAUGCCAGAAGCUUAUUCUGGAAGCCAUGAAAUACCAUCUUUUACCAGAGAGAAGAACUCUUAUGCAAAGUCCAAGAACUAAACCUAGAAAAUCUACAGUUGGCACACUUUAUGCUGUUGGAGGAAUGGAUAACAACAAAGGUGCUACAACUAUUGAAAAAUAUGAUCUCAGAACAAAUAUAUGGAUCCAGGCUGGAAUGAUGAAUGGCAGGAGGCUUCAGUUUGGUGUUGCUGUCAUUGAUGACAAGCUCUUUGUCAUUGGAGGCCGGGAUGGUUUAAAGACGUUAAACACCGUUGAAUGUUACAAUCCAAAGACAAAGGCUUGGACUGUGUUACCACCAAUGUCAACACAUAGGCAUGGUUUAGGAGUUACAGUGCUUGAAGGGCCUAUUUAUGCAGUAGGAGGCCAUGAUGGUUGGAGCUAUUUGAAUACAGUUGAGAGGUGGGACCCUCAAAGUCAGCAGUGGACAUUUGUGGCAAGUAUGUCAAUUGCCAGAAGCACUGUUGGAGUAGCAGCGUUAAAUGGCAAGUUAUAUUCAGUUGGAGGUCGGGAUGGAAGUUCAUGUUUGAGUUCAAUGGAAUAUUAUGACCCUCACACAAAUAAAUGGAAUAUGUGUGCUCCAAUGUGUAAGAGAAGAGGAGGUGUAGGAGUGGCUACAUGUGAUGGCUUUCUUUAUGCAGUUGGAGGUCAUGAUGCUCCUGCUUCUAACCACUGCUCCCGACUGCUGGACUAUGUAGAAAGAUAUGAUCCAAAAACUGAUACAUGGACAAUGGUGACUCCACUGAGUAUGCCUCGAGAUGCUGUUGGUGUCUGUCUACUUGGUGACAAAUUAUAUGCAGUAGGUGGAUAUGAUGGUCAAACAUACCUGAACACUAUGGAAGCCUAUGACCCUCAAACCAAUGAAUGGACACAGAUGGCUUCCCUAAAUAUUGGAAGAGCUGGUGCCUGUGUUGUAGUCAUCAAGCAACCAUGACUUUGUGAGCACUGCUUAGGAUUUUACUAACUGUGAAAUGAUUAUUUUUCUAUCAGACAACAAGAAUAAUAACUUCACGAGAACAAGGAUUUACACAGUGAAUGCUCUGUUGAUCACAGGCAUGAAGAAGUUUGAAAGUGAGAAAGAUUAAGGAUUUAUGCCCUAUAAAAUCAUAAUAACUAUUUAUAUUCUGAGAAGAAGAAAAAUAAAUCAGACUGUCGGAGGUGUAAAUAUGUAAGCAGGCAGUAGUAAGUUCUGUACUGUUCUCACAAAUGUGUCCUGGAGAACUGGAUAAACAAUAGCAUCAAGGGACAGCUCUAGACAAGAAGCAGGAGGAAAUACAUGGACAGUUUUCAUGGCUGAAAGAGUUUUAACAGCAGAAACAUCAAAGUACAUUUAAUCACUUUUAAACUGUGUUUUUGAAAGAGAAAAGUAGAUAAUAUAACAUUUUUCUGUUCAUGUCUUUUCUUCAAGUGUCUUACAGCCCUCUCAUCUACACAGUUACUUAAGGGAAGAGACUUAGUUCUUACUGAAGAGAUAAAAAGUCUAGAUAUUCAACAUUCAUUCAUAAUGAUUAAGCUGUUGCUCUACAGUAGGAAGAAAAAAAAACAAAACACCUCCAAGAUGAUUUUUUUUUUAAAGUUCAGAUUGUACCUCUUUGCAUCUUACAAGUGAGUCUACUGAAGGGGAAGCCUGAGUGUUUAAUCUAAUUACACACAAAUCAAAUCUUUGGCUGCCACGGAGCUUUAUUGAAAAAGUGGGAGUCAAAAGGGCAGUUUCCUAAUUUUUAGUUACUUUUAUAUUCAUUUUAAGCAUGUGGGCUCUAAUCUUAUUAUUAAAUGCAUCUUCUGCAUGUUAGAAACUCAUGAAAGGAUGGAAAACUGAUACUAUUCCUACAUUGCCUCAUGUAACAGGUCAGGCAUGACCAGAAGAGAUUAUACAGCCUCUUUUAAAAAAAAAUAUUUUAAAAUGACAGCUCCUCAUCAUAUUUCAAAAGAGAUAAAAAAAUACUACAUUUUAUUUCUUUCUGACACUCAUACAUACACAAUGCUGCCUGAUUAAAGUGGCCAAUUUAUCACUUUUCACUUUCCACUGAGAAUAACUACAAGUAGGGAAUUGAGAAUAUAUGCAAAUGGAAUAAGGCAAAAUUAUACCACCCGAUCUAAUAACCUUCAUAGAGUAAAUAUACUCGUGUCAUCUGUGCUUCCCUUUAUGGUUGAUCAUUUCUGGCAGCAAUGAUUCUUUGAGCUUUUGCCUUGGCAGUAGGUUUAACAUUGACAUUUGCUAUCUGCUCAGCUGAAUCAGUUAAAAUCUUAAGGCCAAUACUCAAAUAUGAAAUUCUGCUAUUCUGGGAGGCACAAAAUCUGGGAAUAGGACUACUGAGUAAUCCUCUUCUUUAAAGCCUUUCUCAUACAUUAAGAAACAUUUCAUAGUCAAAAUGUGCAAAUGUCACUGUCCUCUGUCACUAGCAAUUUUGGGAAGGAAUUACAGUUAUAAUUAAAAGAGUUUUCCUAGUGGAAAACUUUGAAGCCAGUUGAGAUGGAAAAAUAUAUACAGACUCCUACUUCGGACAUUUGAUUUGAAGAUGUAUCUGUCCUUUUAACAGCAUUAACUUGCAUGGAGAUCUUUGUUUCCUGACACAAACUGAACAUCAGUUCUGAAGCCUAAGUAAUCCAUUUUAAAUCUUUUUAUAUAGUUCUCUGUACUAAUUAGAAAUCAGAUGUAAAUUCUUUAAUGUCGUUUUUCCACAACCUGUUGGCUUUUGAAUUACAAAUUUAGUGUUUCUUCUUCAGACAAACAUGUCAAUUUUCUCCCACUGUAACACCUUGUUUAAUAAUGUUACCUCUUUACAAAUUUUGCUUCACAUAAACAUAACCUUCUGAGACCAAACCGAGAAGCUUCUAGAAUUAUAAUUGCAAUUAAGCAUUAGCAUGCCAUUCUCCUACGCAGAUACCUAAUCAACUUAAAAAAUUAAUUUUAAUCCUAUUCCCACAACUUCCUUUUGAUUACAUUACAUUCAUACACAAUACAAACAUGCUUGUUCUACACAUAUACUGACCUUCAAAAAAGAAUUCUAAUAAUUGCAAUCUAUGAUAGAUAUUUUUUCUCUGCUUUGAUUUUUAUGCUGUUUACACUCUUUUUUUCUCUCAAUAUUCUUAUGCCCAUUUUCAAUUUUCCUUUACUUUUCUUUCCAAAAUGUAACAUUAUUCUCAUGUGAAAUUUGUCAGAUUAGUCCACUUCUAUUAUCUGAAAUAAUGCUGAAAUGAUAAAAUUAAUAAUUUAUUCUUUAAAUCUAGCUAGAAUAAGAUCAAAAUCUGACUUUCAGGUUCUUUUUAUAGGCCCUUAUGUAGUCAACUUUUUCCUAAAGAGAAUUUAGGGAGAAGUGGUUUUUGUUGUUGUUGCUUGUUUUUUUUUUUUUUUUUUUUUUUUCCGUUGGUUGUUGUUGUGUUUUGUUUUUUUUUUUAGAUUUUAAGUUUUAUUAUUAUUAUUAUUUAGGUUUUUCUUGCCAUUGUGUUUACUCUUCUCUUAUUAAAACAAUAAUAUUUUCACCUGUGACUCCCAAGGGAAUGGACUUAAAAUGGUAUAAAACCUUAAUCUUGGAUUAUGUGACCAACAAGAUCCCUUUUUUAUGUACACGUUAAAAUCAGUUGUGAUACACUGCCUUUUGCUAAAUGGUAUUACAUAUGCAGGAAAAACAGCUGUCUUUUCAAACGCUGGAUUGUCUCAUCUAGCUUAGUACUUUGCUCUCAGAUGAACCCUUUGAUUUCAGUGUGAAAAAUACAACAAAAUCAGAUCUCCAAUAGAAAUUAAUUGCAGUGAAAUCAAUAACUAAAUUCCUCAAAAUGCUUCAAAAAGCUUCUUGCAAAUUUUAGUUUCAUGUUCUAAGUAUAUUCUAAAAUGUUAUUAUUUUCUCUUGCUUUCCAAUUUUAUUCAUUCUAACACGCUUUAAUUUCUAGAAAAUCAACUAGUUUUAUCAAGCUGUCUUCAUUUUGCUUUAGCUUCUUUUUAUACACAGGGAUUAUAUCCAUUUUGUUCAUACUGUUGCCCACUCUCAAAUAUAACAUCUUUAUAUUAAUCAAACAGAAGUUAAAAUAAGGUCCUGAGUUGCUGCUGAGAAGUCUUACAUUUCUCUGUUCUUCGUGUCUAAAAAUCCUUUUCAUUUAUUUUAUAUUAUUUAUUAAAGAUUUAUUAAUUUCCUCCUUACUACUACUGGUUUUGAGAUAGGAGGAAGGUCAAGGACCUGAAAUACUUUACAGCUUUGGAUGAGUCUGUACAGGUUUUUAUAUGAAGAGAUAGAAAACAAUAUUGGGAGAAGGCGUGUCAGAGGAUUUAUAUUUAAAAGACAGCUACAAAAGAUGAUACUGUUAGCUUUGAAAUGCUUGCAGAAACAAUACCUAUAUAUAUAUACACCUCUCUCUCUACAUAUAUAUAUGCACAUAUAUGUGGGUUCCACAAAAGAGGGAAUAAGCUGUGGUCAUAUCAUUAAUGUUAAUUAAUAUAUUCUUUAAAUCAUAGAAGAAAUUUUAUUUUUUCAUGGUUUUGAUUGGCUGUUAAGCUAAACAAAAUCAAGAAAAAAUACAAUAAUGUUAUCCCUGUGUUUCAAAUCAGUCUUCCUGAUUUACUUAGCCUCAAAAUUAUAGAUAGUUGAAUUCCAAUAAUAUAAUUUUCUAGAAAGUCUAGAAUAUAAUUUUAUAGAAAUUUUCCAGAAAAACAUCAAGCAAAAUAGGUGAGUCUAUUUCUAUGACUUUGAGAACACAUUUUUUUUUGUUUGUUUCUAUCAAUAUAGCAGUGCUAAAGAAACAUUUUGCAGAAGAAAAACUAAUAUUGUGACCCUCUAUUGCUUAUAGAACUAUAUGACCUUGCAGUUUUGGAUCUUUCCUUUAAGUUUUUAUUUUUGACAGUUGUGGAUGCUAGAUGUAAAAAUAGAAAAAAAAAAAAAAACUACUUAAAAAAAAUAAUUUAGCAGUCAUUACUUUGAGGACCUCUCUAUUACGGAGUAUUUGAGGUCCAAUUUUCUUGCAGAUUUAUGCAUUGGAAUCAAAGUGACAAGUAAGGCAAUAAAAAAAUGUAUGCAGGGAGCAAUAUUUUAAACUUGUUUUUAAUCAUAAAUGUGUGAUUCAUAUUUAUUUGUAUGUUCCUAUGAUCAAAAGACUAAUAUAAUUUAAAAGCAAAAGUAAACUUAAAAAAUAAAACAACAGUGUUUUUCAUUCAAGAUAGACUUAUGAGCAUAUAUGAAGUCUGUCAAAUAGUUAAAGCACUUCAAGGAGGUUUUAAGGGCGUUACCCAUCUCAUAAUGUUACUUUGAUAAGCUAGCAUUAAUUGACAUAAGGGAACCAUUAUGACACAGUCCAAAAAGAUUAUUUUCUUGAGUAUCAUUCUAUUCUGCAGAGAACUGACAUUAGAUGGUCAUUACUUAUAGCAGUAUUCAUGUUAAAAUGCAUCUAGAAAAUGCUAUAUUAUAUUCAUUAUUUCGAUUGUUCUAUAUGUUUAGAAGGUCCAAACAGAUAGAUAUAUAUAUAUAGACAAGUCGAAAUGUCUUCAGUAAAAAUAACUCACAAAUGAGCUUGAAGUUACGCAAGUUUAAUGGCUCAGACCUUGAUGUCCAUGAGCAAAUACUAGAGGCACUGUGCACUCUGAUUACCAUGAAGUACAGGUUUCCAUAACAGAAUUCAUAACUAUUAGGGUGCUCACGAUGGACUGAGCAUAAUAAAACAUACCCUGUUAUCUGAGAUUUUGCAUGAAUUAUUUCAUUGUGAAUAAAUAGAGAAGACAUUUCUGUAAAGGCUUAAAAAAAAGCUCUUAUAACUAUUAUCAAAUGGCAGUAAUAACAUUACAUGAAUGAUUCUGUAACAUAGUAAGAAAUUUAGACAUUUGACUCUACAUAUAUGGGAUUUCAUGACACCUGAACUAUUUACCUAUAUCAAAUUCACAGCUUGUAAGAGGACGUUUUUGUUGUUGUUUAAUUUUUAAUUAUUUUUAUUUAUUUUUUGUGUGUGUGUUCAAAAUCCACCUGCACUUUGGCUGUAUGUACAAUAAAUAACUGUUCCUGCUUUCUUACCCUUAUCCCUUCCCCACCCCUCAUGUAUUUUAUGUUGUAGAGGCUUUCUACUCUUAAGGACAUUUUCCCACAGAAUUGUUUCUGAUUAAAGCAGCAAGUAUAACAGUACAGCAUACAGGUAAUCAAUUCCUUACCACUUUAUAUGCAAAGAAGUGGAUGUACAUGACAUAACAAAGAACAGCUUAUUUUUCUUUUCCAAAGUAAAACUUCUUUGAUAUAUCUUCAGUAUUCUAAAAAUCUAUAUAUUUAAAUGCAAAUACGAGUUUUAUAAAAAUGUAAACACUUUUAUUAGAGAACUUCCAAAUAUUGACAAAUUACUCCAACUUUAAAACUUUAAAAAGCUGUAUUUUUGGUCAUGCAUAAUUCAUGUUCCCAGUGCUAGCAUCCGCAUUUCUUACAGGUGCUCAUUUAUGAACGUGUCUCAUUGUCUCCAGAUUUCUUCCAAUCCAAAGUGCAUCUCCAGUUGAGUUAAUAAAAUAUCAAAUGCACUAUUUACAACUCACCUUUGAAACUUUUUUAUGGCAUGCACAAACCAGAAAUCAAGAACAUGGACUGCUCACAGAGCAGUUUUCUAGCCUUGCAAGAAGUUUGAUUCAAAGUUAUAUUUUCUACCACAUACAGAUAGCAUCCAGUGUAAUAAAGGUGAUAUUUAUCAAAACAACAGAAUAUAAAAUACUGUGAGAAGGAUAAUGCAGUAGAAUAACAGUAUCUAAGAAAUGUGAAAAGAGUAUUGGGGAAAUAGAUUUUUUUGUUACUUGCAAGAAGACAUUCCCUGGAAACAUUAUGUUAUUUCCAACAGAAGCAAUUUGAUUUUAAGUAAAUAACUUUGCAACCACUCUAAUAGCUCAUAAAUUAAAAUACUAUUUGAAAGCAGUCAUUUCUUAUAUUUCUUUUGUAAAAUAGGGACUUGCCUUUGUACAUUCACCAUAAGAUAAGAAAAAAUGUUAUUUGUCCCAAAGUAAUACUUAAAAUCUCACUAUUGAAAACAGUAACUCAACUAUAUCUUAGAGCUCAGCAACUAGUUACAUACUUUAAAUUCUGAGAAUAUCAAAUUUUUGGAUAUCUACUGUACCAAGCAGAUAUACAUAUACUAAGUAAUACGGGCUCAGUGACAACCCAGAAGAUAAUCUAAAUAUUUAAAAGUAACUUCAAAAAUAUUUCUGUUUAAAAAUAGAUAUCCAUACAAUAUAUCUGUUCUAACUUAAAUUAGAAUGCAUAAAAUAUUCAGCAAAAUAAUUAUUCUUCAGCCUUAUUGUAAAUGCAGUAUAAAGCUUCUCAAAUUGACAUAACCUUACAUUUCAUUGCAAAUUCCCUCAUUAUAUUUCUGCUUCAUAGUUCAUGGGGAUUAGCGGCAGUUAGGGGCAAAGAGACUGCUCAAAAUCCUUAAAUCAGCAAAACCUUUAUUUCCAUAUGUGCUGGACUGUAACUCCUGGAAACUGAACAUAAGAAAAAUUACUAGCAAAGGUAAGAAAUACAGUGGUUGGAAAGAAUGUAGCUUGUAAACACUGACUAUCCACAACUUUCCCUUGGGGGGCUAUGGAGCUGCCAAAUCCUUUUCAAACUCUUUAAGGAUUUGAAAAGCAGUUAAAGCUUUUCAACUAGGUAUAAGCAACUUCUACUCCUGUCACUCCAUAUUUUCCCAGGUUUUUCCUGAAUCAUGCUUCAAAACAAAUAAAAAAAACUGCUUCAAAACAAAACAAUCUGUUCUUGUAGAAGUCUAGUAGUCUAGUACUCUUUAGAAUUAUGUCUGUAAACCAGGAUCAUAUUCAAUCUUUUUCACUUAGAUGGAUGGCUUGUAUUUAAAAACCCUACUACCCUUAGUGAAGUAUUUCUAAUAUAGAAGCUGUCCCCUACAAAAAUCAGUGGAGAGCAAAGCUUUUGGAGGCUCCCAUAGGGAGAUCUUGUUCAGAUAAUACGAUAUUUAAAUUAAGUAGAGGAGCAUUUAGUUUUGUUGUUCCCAUAUAAGAACAUCCACACAACGCUGGCAAGUAAGACACAGCUGAAGUUUCGGAGUGGCAACUGAAGUUCAAAUGGGAAGCCCUAAAAAAUCCUAGAUAACAUUAGGUUCUCGUGUAUAGGUAACUCACAUGAAUUCAUGAUCCCUUAUACAUAUGCAUCCAGUGCCAGUAGCUAUUUGCAUUUGUAAACCAUCCACAUAAGAAAGGCUGAAAGUAAUAGUUUAGUUGUUUAAGACUGAAAAUAUUAACCUUGAUUUUCAUGUGAGUGUCACAUAUAGUGAACAUAAAUAUGACAGUACAAUUAAUAUUCAUUAAUACUGGUAUGACAUGGGUAAGUAUGGAAAAUGUUAACUUGAAGACAUUCCUUUUACCAUAAAAACUUGAUUUUGUUCAGAAAAACAAAACAAAAACAAAAUCUUCGGUCAGAAAUUUGUUCUAUAAGCAAGUCAUGAGUAAAUCUCCUUUACUCUGCAGAGAUAUUUAAAAAAAUAAUCUACAGUAGUUGCUACUGCCUAAUGAAGAGUUCUUGGGUUUAUUUUUCUUUUUAACUGUAAGGUGUUUCUGAGUGCACUUCUGUAGAGAUUUGGACAGCAUACGUAGACACAGUGGAAACAGCAGAUGAA